GCAGAGGAGAGGUGGAGGAGAGUGAAGUAGCGAGAAAAGAACAAGCGGGCAGCGGCAAUGGGGAUGAAGACGGCGACCAAAUUUGGGGAUAGUCGGGUGGAGAAGCUCAAGGGCUCGGUGUUUUCAUCUCAUUCAAGAACGAAGCUGUGGAUGAUAAGGGCAACUACGUCGGUUCUGUUGUGGACUUGCUUUGUUCAAUUGACGACUUUGGGGGAGACUUGGGGUCCAAGGGUUUUGAAGGGCUGGCCGUCCUGUUUCUCCCAGGAAUCCUCUUCAAUGCAUCUCAGUGCGGAUCGAGAAGUUCCUGCUAGAGUCCUCCCACCUAAGAGGCUUUAUAAGAACAAUGGUUAUUUGAUGGUUUCGUGUAACGGAGGCCUUAAUCAAAUGAGGUCAGCGAUAUGUGAUAUGGUUGCUAUUGCAAGACAUUUGAACGUCACACUCAUUGUUCCUGAGCUUGAUAAGACCUCUUUCUGGGCUGAUCCAAGUGAGUUUCAAGAUAUAUUUGAUGUUGAUCAUUUCAUCACAUCCUUGAGAGAUGAGGUCCGGAUUUUAAAAGAGCUACCUCCAAGGCUCAAGAGGAGAGUGGAGCUAGGAAUAAUAUUUACAAUGCCGCCUGUCAGCUGGUCUGACAUUUCUUACUAUCAAAAUCAGAUUCUACCAUUAGUACGGAAAUACAAAGUGGUGCACUUGAAUAGAACGGACGCUCGUCUUGCAAACAACGGUCAGCCAUUGGAAAUCCAGAGACUGCGUUGCCGUGUAAAUUUUAGUGCCCUGAAAUUUACACCACAGAUUGAAGAGUUGGGAAGAAGGGUUAUCAGCCUUCUAAGGGAAAAAGGACCUUUCAUUGUACUGCAUCUUAGAUAUGAAAUGGACAUGUUGGCUUUCUCUGGUUGCACCCAGGGAUGCAACAACGAGGAGGUUGAAGAGUUGACAAGAAUGAGGUAUGCUUAUCCAUGGUGGAAGGAGAAGAUAAUCAAUUCAGAUUUAAAAAGAAAAGAUGGCUUAUGCCCAUUGACUCCCGAGGAAACAGCUCUUACUUUAAAAGCAUUAGACAUUGAUUCCAACAUCCAAGUGUACAUUGCUGCUGGAGAAAUAUAUGGUGGAGAAAGAAGAAUGGCUAGCCUUACUACAUCUUAUCCGAAUCUGGUUAGAAAGGAGACGCUUUUAGAGGCUGCUGAUCUUAGAUUCUUUCAAAAUCACUCUUCACAGAUGGCAGCCCUGGAUUACCUCGUUUCCCUGGAAAGUGAUGUUUUUGUUCCUACAUAUGACGGAAACAUGGCUAAAGUCGUUGAAGGCCACCGCAGACAUCUUGGAUACAAGAAGACAAUCCUUUUGGACAGAAAGGUUCUGGUUGAUUUGAUAGACAAGUAUGAUGCAGGGUCACUAACAUGGGAUGAGUUCUCCAAUGCUGUCAAGGAGGCUCACACCAGACGGAUGGGUAGCCCGACCCGGCGGUUGGUCAUCCCGGACCGACCAAAAGAGGAGGACUAUUUCUACGCCAACCCCUGGGAGUGUUUGGUCCCAUCAAACCCCAAUGUACCAGAAAUUAGUAGCACUUAAAGGUGGUGAUGGACCCACAUGCGUUUCAAGUACAAUACCUUUGCGCCUCUGCAACAGGUUUAAGGAAGGUUUGGCCUCUACCCUUCCCUCCCCCACCCACCCCCCGCCUUAUACACUGAGAAAGCAGGACUUUGCUGAGAGGCUGGAGACAGCUUACUUAAAAGUCAUUGAAGGGGGGUCUCCCAUGGCAGAUGGAAUAUGUUUUAAAUUUAAUAAACCGAAGAUUUGAUGUAUAGAAGCCCUGCCAUUGCAGGGAUAUAUUGACUGAACGGCUGUGUGUAUACACAGAUAAAAAUACUCCAUAUAUAGAUCUGUUUUCUCAGAACCAUCCCUUUAGAUUUUUUUUCAAGGUAACCAUCCCAAAAGUUCUUUUUCUUUUUAAAUAUUUACAUUUGUCCAAUUAUUUAUUACCUUG